AUGGCAAAGACAAAAGACCUUAACUCCAAGCCAAAACACACCAAAGAGAGCGUCGACGAAGACGUACAGAUGUCCGAACAGUCGACACCAAAGAAGAGCGCCGACAAGGACAAGAAGAAACGCAAGAAAUCUGAGGAAUCGGAGGAAGUGACGAAGAGCAAGAAGCGGAGGCAUAGCAACGAAGCUGAAGAUGAAGCCGAUGCAGUGAAGGAGGAGCCCACAAAGAAAAAGAAGAAGGAGAAGAAGGAGAAGAAGGACAAGAAGAGAGUCUCAUUUGGACCGGGGACCAAGAUUGAAGACGGAGACGGAGAUGAGAGCGACGCCGACAAUGAAGCCGACGCCGAAGCCGAAUCAAAAGUUGAAAGCAAUGACAACGACUCCGACUCCGAUAGCAGUGAAACUGUAACCAACACGAACUCAUCACGGCAAUUGCAAUCCGAAAAUGAGAAAGCUUUAGAGGAGAUGCGCAAGCGCAAGCGCGAGAAGAAGAAGGCAAAGAAGAACAAGGACGGUUCCUCAGCCCCUGCAUCAUCGUCCUCUUCGGCACAACAUUUUCAUGAAUCGCCUAUCAUGUCUUAUCUGAGCCACUACCACCAUGAUCGUGCAACGUGGAAGUUCCAGAAGAACCGGGAGACGAACCUGUUCAAGCACCUCUACUCCGAGGAACAUGUUCCUUCUCGUUAUAACAUUGCGCUUUUGUCGUAUCUGAAGGGAUUGAAGGGUGACGCUGCGAAGGCGAGAUUGAGUCAGGGUGCAGUUCAGGUUCUGAAGGCUGAUAUCGAAGCUGGGCAGAAGGAUGGGAAGGACGAGGAUCCCGAGUUCCAGAAGGCUGUUGAUAUGUUCCGGGACGCUUUGGCUGAUGCUGGUCCAGAGCUGAAUUGCCCCGGGUCAGUGGAGGGACUGAAAGCGGUUGCGAAGAAGCGUCUUGAGAAGAGAGCGCGGGCUGAGCUUGUCUUCUAUGCUGUGUCCGAGGAACUAUUCGACAUUGUGAAGUCCGUUCCUAAGAAGAUGCCUGUUAAGGUGGUUCCGGUGGCCAAGAAGAGAAAGAACCGUACUGCUGUUGUCGAUAUCUCGAGCAGUGAGAGCGAUAGUGAUGAUGAGACUUCCAGCUCUGGCAGUGAUAGCGACGAUGACUCCUCUGACUCGGACAGUGAUGAGGACCAGCCGGCUGCUCCCAAGAGCCAACCCAAGGCUGCGGAGAAAACCCCUACCCGUGCUUUUGCUCCUGCUCCUGCCCCUGCUCCUGGUCCCUCUUCCAGAGCCAAGGAUGCGGCAAGCAGGAAGGAGAAGAAGGCCGCCAUGAGGAAGGAGAAGAAGCUGGCGCCUCCGCCCGCGCCUGCUCCAAGCAAGAACAAGAAGAAGCAGAAGCGUAAGAUCAGAACUACUGAGAUUGAAAUCUCGAGUAGUGAGGAUAGCGACUAA